AUGUCUACUGUUGGUUCAGGUGGACGUGAACAUGCAAUCGCAUGGAAAUUAGCUCAGUCUUCAAGAGUUGAAAGAAUAUAUGUUGCACCUGGUAAUGGAGGUACCGAAACCGAAAUGCAUAAAGUUUGUAACGUUAAUAUUGGAGUCAGUGACUUUGAAAAAUUGACACAAUUUGCGUUGAAAAAUAAUGUAAAUUUAGUUGUACCUGGUCCCGAGCAACCAUUAGUUGAAGGGAUCGAGAUGGCAUUUAAAAAAAUUGGUAUUCCAUGUUUUGGACCAUCACCAAAAGCUUCUAUUAUGGAAGGUUCUAAAACAUUUGCUAAGAAUUUUAUGAAAAGGCAUAAUAUUCCUACUGCUGCUUAUGAGAAUUUUUCAGAUUACGAACAAGCAAAAGAUUAUUUGAAUUCAGUUUCUUAUAAUGUUGUUAUAAAGGCUUCAGGUCUUGCUGGUGGUAAAGGUGUUUUAAUUCCUACCAACAAAGAAGAAGCUUUUAAUGCAUUAAAAGAAAUCAUGGUUGAUCAAGUUUUUGGUUCAGCUGGACAAGAAUUGAGUAUUUUGACAUUCUCAGAUGGAUAUACAAUUGUUAAUCUUCCUCCUGCCCAAGAUCAUAAACGUGCUUUCGAUGGGGAUCAAGGACCUAAUACAGGUGGAAUGGGUUGUUAUUGCCCUACCCCAAUAAUUACACCGGAAUUAAAUGAUCGAAUAAAAAAUAUGAUACUUCAACCUACUAUUGAUGGAAUGAGACAUGAAGGCUUUCCCUUUGUUGGAAUGCUUUUUACUGGACUCAUGAUAACGGAUUCUGGACCAAAAGUGUUAGAAUAUAAUGUACGUUUUGGUGAUCCGGAAACAGAAGUAGUUUUACCACUUUUAAGUGAAGAUACAGAUUUGGCUGAAAUAAUGCUGGCAUGUGCGGAAAGAAGGUUGGAUUCUGUUAAAAUUAAAAUUAAACAAUGUUAUGCUGCAACCGUUGUUAUAACUUCUGGUGGUUACCCUAAAAAUUAUUUAAAAGGAAAAGAAAUUUCAAUCGCAGAUAUUCCUUCUGAUGGUAAAGUUGUUACAUCAGGUGGACGUGUGCUUUCAAUUACAGGAGUUGGCAACACAUUAAAAGAAGCUGUUAAAAAAGCAUAUGAUGGAGUAAAAGCUAUUCAAUUUGAGAAAAUGUUUUAUAGAAAAGAUAUUGCACAUCGUACUCAACGUUCGGGAAGUAAUUGUGAAAUCGGAGGAUUUGGUGGUUUAUUUGAUUUAAAAGCGGCGGGAUUUAAUGAUCCAAUUUUAGUCUCAACUACUGAUGGAGUGGGAACUAAAUUAAAAAUUUCUCAAGCUAUGAAUAUUCAUAAUACUAUUGGGGCAGAACCAUUGUUUUUUCUUGAUUAUUAUGCAUGUAGUAAAUUAAAUGUGGAUGUUACUAAAAACGUUAUUGAAGGUAUUGUUAAGGGAUGCAUUAUAUCUGGAUGUGCUUUGAUUGGAGGGGAAACUGCUGAAAUGCCUGGAAUUUACAAUGAAGGAGAAUAUGAUUUAGCAGGAUUUGCAGUAGGUGCGGUAGAACGUGGAAAAUUACUUCCACAAAGUCUUCUCACUCCCACUAAAAUUUAUGUUAAUCAAUUGAAACCCCUUAUUAAAAAAGGACUUGUUAAAUCAAUGGCACAUAUUACGGGAGGUGGAUUUAUUGAUAAUAUACCAAGAGCUAUACCCGAACAUUUAAGUGUGAUCAUUGAUUCUAAAUCAUGGGAAAUACCUCACGUGUUUAAAUGGUUGGCUAGAAAUGGAAAUGUACCAUCAGAUGAAUUAUUUCGAACAUUUAAUUGUGGAAUAGGAAUGGUGUUAAUAAUAUCACCUGAAGAUAUUAAUGAAGUUUUUAAGAUAUUGAAAGAAUCCGAUAAUGUAUAUAAAAUUGGACAAGUGGUGACUAAAGAAUCAAAUAAUGGAAAGGAAAUCAUUAUUGAAGGAAUUAAUGAAAUACUUAUUUACGAUUAA